AUGGCCAGUUCCUCGGACAGUGAAGAUGACAGUUUCAUGGCGGUGGAUCAAGAAGAAACUGUGCUAGAAGGGACAAUGGAGCAAGAUGAGGAGCCCCACCCAAUAUUGGAGGUUGAGGAGACUAGACAUAAUCGGUCCAUGUCUGAGCUGCCUGAAGAGGUUUUGGAAUACAUCCUGUCCUUUCUUUCACCAUACCAAGAACACAAAACUGCAGCCCUUGUCUGCAAACAAUGGUAUCGACUUAUCAAAGGUGUAGCUCACCAGUGUUAUCAUGGUUUCAUAAAGGCUGUUCAGGAAGGAAACAUUCAGUGGGAGAGUCGGACUUACCCUUAUCCUGGAACCCCAAUCACUCAGCGGUUCUCACACAGUGCAUGCUAUUAUGAUGCUAAUCAGUCUAUGUAUGUGUUCGGAGGCUGUACCCAAAGCAGCUGCAAUGCUGCCUUCAAUGACCUCUGGAGACUUGACCUGAAUAGCAAAGAGUGGAUUCGACCUUUGGCUUCAGGGUCCUAUCCUUCCCCCAAAGCCGGAGCGACUCUGGUCGUGUACAAGGACCUGCUGGUGCUAUUUGGUGGCUGGACACGGCCAAGCCCUUAUCCUCUACACCAACCCGAGAGAUUUUUUGAUGAAAUACACACUUACUCACCCUCUAAAAACUGGUGGAACUGCAUUGUGACGACCCAUGGGCCACCUCCCAUGGCCGGCCAUUCCUCCUGUGUGAUAGAUGAUAAGAUGAUUGUCUUUGGCGGCUCCUUAGGAUCCCGGCAAAUGAGCAAUGAUGUCUGGGUCCUAGACCUUGAGCAGUGGGCGUGGUCCAAGCCAAACAUCUCUGGCCCCAGUCCUCAUCCUCGAGGUGGCCAAUCUCAGAUUGUCAUAGAUGAUGCAACUAUCUUAAUCCUUGGAGGGUGUGGCGGUCCCAAUGCUCUAUUCAAGGAUGCUUGGUUAUUGCACAUGCACCCAGGUCCCUGGGCCUGGCAGCCACUCAAGGUAGAAAAUGAAGAUCAUGGCGCCCCCGAAUUGUGGUGCCAUCCAGCUUGCCGGGUGGGGCAGUGUGUGGUGGUCUUUAGCCAGGCUCCCAGUGGGAGAGCGCCACUCAGCCCGAGUUUGAACUCUCGCCCUUCGCCUAUCAGUGCCACUCCUCCAGCCCUGGUUCCCGAAACCCGAGAGUACCGUUCUCAGUCUCCAGUAAGGAGUAUGGAUGAAGCUCCGUGUGUCAACGGCCGCUGGGGAACACUGAGACCCAGAGCUCAGAGGCAGACCCCCUCAAGUUCCCGGGAAGGAAGCCUUUCCCCGGCCAGAGGAGAUGGCUCUCCCGUCCUCAAUGGUGGGAGUUUAUCUCCAGGAACAGCAGCGGUAGGUGGCUCUUCCUUGGACAGCCCUGUACAGGCCGUAUCUCCUAGCACUCCGUCUACCGCUGAAGGAUAUGACCUAAAAAUGGGACUUUCUUUGGCUCCUCGACGAGGAUCACUACCAGAUCAGAAAGACCUGAGAUUAGGAUCAAUAGAUCUGAAUUGGGAUCUGAAACCCGCUUCUAGUAGCAAUCACACGGAUGGUGUGGACAACAGGACAGUUGGGGGAAGCAUGAGACACCUUCCUGAACAGACGAACGGUGUGCAUACCCCACCUCAUGUGGCCAGUGCCCUUGCAGGAGCUGUCUCCCCAGGUGCCCUGCGCCGGAGCCUAGAAGCCAUCAAAGCAAUGUCGUCCAAGGGCCCCUCAGCCUCUGCAGCACUAAGUCCUCCUCUGGGAUCUUCCCCAGGCUCUCCUGGGAGUCAAAGCCUGAGCAGUGGAGAAACGGUGCCCGUUCCCCGGCCAGGGCCAGCACAAGCAGAUGGACAUUCCUUACCUCCCAUUGCCCGCCGCCUGGGCCACCACCCUCCCCAGUCCCUGAACGUUGGCAAACCCUUGUACCAGAGUAUGAACUGCAAGCCCAUGCAAAUGUAUGUGCUGGACAUUAAAGACACCAAGGAGAAGGGGCGGGUCAAAUGGAAAGUGUUUAAUAGCAGUUCUGUGGUCGGACCUCCUGAAACCAGCCUGCAUACAGUGGUACAAGGCCGGGGUGAGCUCAUCAUAUUUGGAGGGCUGAUGGACAAGAAACAGAAUGUGAAGUACUAUCCAAAAACAAACGCCUUGUACUUUGUGCGAGCAAAGAGAUGA